AGUGUGCCAGUGGUUCCUAAGCAGCGGAAAAGCGCAGCGCCUCUUACGGCAGCCAACGGAUGACGUGAGCUACGCCAGGAGCGCACGCGGGAAACGGGACGCGGGUCCAGUAUGCGCAACUGGAAUGGAGAAUCGCAACGACGUUGCUUCAAUGGAAAAAAGAUCGUAGCGAAGAUAUACAGCAAUCAAUCUGACUGGGACCUGCUGCUGCUGCUGCGGAGGACAGUGCGGGACCUGGACUUACCGCACGAUUUUACUAUGCGGAGAGGGACUGUCACGGAAUAAAUGUUUGAUCCGUGCGUGCGUGAAUAUUUCUGCGGUUUGAGGGGAAUAUGGAGCGGCUUCUGACGCGACGCGCGCUUGGAAAGGCGUGAAAAUAUCGGUGACGUUACGGAGGAAUGUCACUGAAACUGAGGCGAUCGGUAUGAAAUAAAAAAAAAGCCGUUUCUGGACAGCCGCAAUUAAACACAUCCUCACUCCUUCAUGUGUCUGUGUGAGUGCAAACGGGACGCCGCAUUAACGGGACUGUUGCUGUUCUGAGACCUGUGGCUGGUUCGGAACCGUGAUCUGGGUCGGUUGUGCGGUUCGGUGUGUGUGUGUGUGUGUGUGUGUGUGUGUGUGUGUGUUUGCGGAGGAUGGGAGAUUUAACGGAGUCCAUGCAGAAGAAGGUGUCGGGAAGAAGCGCUCAUACUACAGGGCAGUGAUGCCGGGCAUGGUACUGUUUCGGCGACGCUGGUCAGUCGGCAGUGAUGACCUAGUGUUACCGGCUUUCUUCCUGUUCAUACUACACUGCAUAUGGCUCGUGGUUCUGUCCGUGGUUCUCUUUGGGCUGCCGUACAGUUCAGAGCAAUCAUGCUCAGUCACGCUGGUGGAUCACGGUCGUGGUUACCUCGGCAUCCUGGUCAGCUGUCUGAUCUGCGAGAGCGCCAUCAUGUGGCUGAGCAUGAGAGGCAGCAUCCUGUACACACAACCCAGAGAGGCAGUGCAGUACGUGCUCUAUAUACGGCUGGCCAUCCUGCUAGUGGAGCUGGUGUACGCGGUGGUCGGCAUCGCCUGGUUGGUGCAGUACUACCAGCCCUGCUCCGACAUCACCGCCAAGAACCUCGCCCUGGGAAUCGUGGUGUGUAACUGGUUGGUCAUCUUCAGUGUGUGUUUCACCAUGAUGUGUACCUUUGACCCCACUGGACGGACCUUUGUGAAGCUGAAAGCAACUCGCCGCCGUCAGCGUAACCUCACAACAUACACCCUCAGACACAGGCUAGAAGAAGGUCAAGCCAGCAGCUGGAGCAGGAGACUCAAGUUCUUCAUGUGCUGCACCCGAGCAAAAGAUACACAAUCUGAUGCUUACUCUGAGGUGGCAAGCUUGUUUGCCGAGUUUUUCCGGGAUCUGGAUAUCGUGCCGAGUGACAUCAUCGCUGGGUUAGUGCUCCUCCGACAGAGACAACGGGCCAAGAGAGCAGCCAUCUUGGAUCAGGCAAACAAUGACGUUUUAGCCUUUCUGUCCGGGAUACCUGUAACUCGCAACACUAAAUACUUGGACCUCAAGAACUCGUCUGAGAUGGCCAUGUAUAAGGAGGUGUGUUACUACAUGCUGUUUGCCAUGGCAGCGUAUGGCUGGCCCGUAUAUCUUUUAAGACAACCAGCGUGUGGACUCUGCAGGCUCGUCAGCACUUGCUCCUGUAACACUUCAGUUUCAGGUUCUCGUCUCUCUCAGUCCAUCACCGUUGAGGAGGACAACUGCUGUGGCUGUAACGUUCUUGCCAUCCGACGACAAUUUCUGGACCAAGACCUUAAAGAAGUCCAGAUUGUCUACACAUCCUGCCAUGACGCAGUUUAUGAGACACCCUUCUUUGUAGCAGUGGAUCAUGCGAAGAAAAAAGUCGUGAUCAGCAUCAGAGGGACGUUGUCCCCUAAGGACGCUUUAACAGAUCUUACUGGCGAUUCUGAGCGUUUGCCUUUAGAGGAGCAGCACGGCACAUGGCUCGGACACAAGGGAAUGGUUUAUUCAGCUGAAUACAUAAAGAAGAAACUCGAGCAAGAAAUGAUUCUCUCUCAAGCCUUCGGGAGAGAUUUGGGUAAAGGGACGAUGCACUAUGGGCUGGUGAUUGUGGGUCACUCUCUGGGUGCGGGUACAGCCGCCAUCCUGUCCUUCCUCCUCCGGCCGCAGUAUCCUUCACUGCACUGCUAUUCCUACUCCCCUCCCGGCGGCCUGCUCAGUGAGGAUGCGAUGGAGUACUCGAAAGAGUUCGUCACCUCAGUCGUGUUGGGAAAAGAUCUGGUCCCCAGGAUUGGCCUCUCUCAGCUUGAGGGCUUCCGUCGCCACCUACUUGAAGUCCUACAGAAGAGUGAUAAACCAAAGUGGCGGAUCAUUGCUGGGGGUACAAAGUGCAUCCCUAAAUCAGAGCUGCCCCUGGAUGACGAAGCCCCUGUAUCUCAGGGCGUGACCCCCUCUAACUCUCGCCUGUGGCUUCACCCCAGUGACCUGAGCAUCGCCCUGUCAGCCUCCACACCACUCUAUCCACCAGGACGGGUCAUUCAUGUGGUGCACAACCACCCGCCUGAGAUGUGUUGUGGUCAGGAAGAUCCCACUUACUCCGCUCUGUGGGGGGAUAACAAGGCCUUUGAUGAGGUCAUCAUUUCUCCAGCCAUGCUGAAUGAACACCUGCCCCAUGUGGUGAUGGAUGGCCUCAACAAGGUGUUGGAAAACUAUAAUAAAGGGAAGACAGCAUUAUUGUCAGCUGCUAAGAUAAUGGUUAGUCCUACAGAAGUGGACCUGAAUCCAGAAACGGUUUUCUUCGAUGCCUCUAGUUCACUGCAGCCCACGCCUGCCACACAUCACCGCAGAAACAGUAGUGUCCGUUCCUGUGCUCGCUCUGAGAUCUCACUGGACGGUUUCUCGGAGUGUCCGCCUCCUCCUGUGCCUGUGGUGCUCACCAGCCCUGGUGAGCGAUUAGCUGUGGAGCUGCGGGAGCGAAAAGCCCCCUUGGCCAUCAUGGAAAAUCUAUCUGACGCCGAAUCCAUGUACAGCUUGGACUCCCGACGAUCAUCUGCCGCCCUGAGAGGCUCACCCUGUUUGGGGAGUCUACCUUUCCCUUUGGACGCCACCAUCCCAGAAGAGAAUCCUUCGCUGAGUUCCCGUACGGAGCUGCUGGCCGCAGACGGCUUGGACCGUGAACUGGGCGAGGCCGGCCCGUACUGCCCUACUCCUCCAGAACUGGAAGUAUCUACCAACAAUGCCCAUCAUCUCAACUUCUCUCCGCUCUCGCUUGGACAAACUAUCGUAGAUCAGCCAGCCAGCCAAGGCAAGAACUCCCGGCGGUCUUCAGGAACGCCUGUGGCUUGCCAGCCAUCAGCUGUUCCUAACAGUCAAGAAUCCUGCCCAGUAGCAUCCCGGACUGGUUCUAUGCCAGAAAUGCCCAAGGAUAGAGAGUUUGAAGAGGGAGAAGUUGAGAGUGUCCGGUCCGAGACUCUUCCACCAGUUCCUCCGCUGUCCAACGGCACUCCUAGUCAGGCGGUCCUAGAGUUCGCCCAGUACCUGGACUCUCUAUUUAGGCUGGAUGGCAGCAGCUCUCCACCUCUUGAGCUGUCCGAUGCAGAAUCCGAGUCUGGACAGGGAUCGUAUAGCCAGGCUGAGGGACAAAACGCAGACAAGGACAGGCAGCUACUGGCUAGAGCCACUCUAGAGCCCAACUUGGUUCCUAAGCCGCCUCGCACGUUUGCCGGCUCGGCCGACCCUUCCUCUGGCAUCUCGCUUUCUCCAUCCUUCCCGCUCUCAUCUUCUGGAGAACUCAACGAUUUCUCUCCUCCUGACGGAGUGCUACCCGCCAACCAUACGUCUGCGCUACGAACUUCCGCUGCUAGUCCCAACCCUAAGGAAACUAUGUUGUCGUCUAUGGUGUAGUGGCCCACUUUCGUCUAUUUAUUUAACCCUACGGUUUCCUUUCUCCUUCUGAACUGAUCGUAGAAACGUGCAUGCGUAGCACUGUGGCCAGUCCUUCCAGACUUCCAGACUUCUGGACCGUUAAGGAUUCAUCAAGAACAGAAGACCUCAUUUUGUACUAUUGUAAGACAUGUAAGAUAUGCAUUGUGUCUUGUGCAUCACCAUUAUGAAGUGUCCUAAUCGCUGCCUGCAACACAUGAGGUACUGAGGGGCUCCUUCGAACACUAAAGAUGUUGCUAGCAUAUCGAGAAGCUUGCACAAAUGACCCUACGUUCACAUUGAAUCUAAUGUUACGGUUAUGUUUACAUUGACACCACAGAACACCAAGCUUUCACAAAUGUUGGCAGUUUCAUGUAAGUGAAAGGCUGGAAUAGGAAAGAGGGAAGACUAACUAACUUAAUUGAGUUAUGGGGAGGGGCGCACACAACAAGCAGUGGGCUACAUUUCCUCAGGACCUUGAAGAAUGAAGAAUGGGACAAAGACGUCUCAGGCUAAGCAUAGUAAAUUGCUGAUUUUUUUGGAUUGUACUUUUUCAUUUUUUUUUAUUGAAGAUUGUGUGGAAUGUCCUGCUGAGUAUGUGUAAUUGGUGGCACUGACGGUUGGUGGACAUCUAUGAGUUCUCGAUGUGCAUGAGAAAAUACUGUAUGCUCGUGUAAAACGUUUCGUUUUGCUAACUUUUGUCAUCUAUUAUUUACAUAAAUCCACUUGAAUUUACGCAUGCAAAUUUUCUAUCAUUUCUUUUUCCACCGAUUGCCAAAAAAGCUAACUUCAUACAAGUCAAAUGUUUGAACUCUGUGAAAUUAAUAUAUAAUGAUAAUUACUGUUAUUAGG